AUGCCUGUGUUGUUAAUUAGUCUAUGUGAAGCAUUACAGAGAGCAUCAUGUAAAGUCUCCGAACUACAUCUAGGUUACAAUCUGAUUACCGAUGACGGUGUUGUCAGUCUAUGUCAAGCAUUACAGACAGAAACAUGUAAGGUCACCACACUUCAUCUGGGUAAUAAUCAGAUCACCGAUGACGGUGUUGCCAGUCUUUGUCAAACAUUUCAGACAGCAUUAUUUAAAGUCACCACACUCAAUCUGACUGGAAAUCAAAUUACCGAUGCAGGUGUUGCCAGUCUAUGUCAAGCAUUACAGACAGAAACAUGUCAAGUCACCACACUGAAUCUGAGAUUAAUUCAGAUCACCCAUGCCGGUGUUGACAGUCUAUGUCAAGCAUUGCAGACAGAAACAUGUAAAGUCACUAGUCUUGACCUGGCUUAUAAUGAGAUCACCGACGCCGAUGCCGUAAGUCUAUGUCAAACAUUACAGACAGCAUCAUGUAAAGUCACCACACUUAAUCUGAAUAUCAAUCAGAUCAUCGAUGUUGGUGUUGCCAUUUUAUGUCAAGCAUUACAGACAGCAUCAUGUAAAGUCUCCGAACUACACCUAGGUCACAAUCUGAUUACCGAUGCCGGUUUCGUAAGUUUUUGUCAAGCAUUACGGACAGAAACAUGUCAAAUCAUAAUACUCAAUCUGAAUAUCAAUCAGAUCACCGAUGUCGGUGUUUUUAGUCUAUGUCAAGCAUUACAGAUAGCAUCAUGUAAAGUCUCCGAACUUUAUCUAGAAAACAAUCUGGUUAGCGAUGCCGGUGUCACCAAUCUAUGUCAAGCAUUACAGACAGAAACAUAUCAACUCACCACACUGCAUGACUUUGAGUCAUAA